AAUCAAUAUAACAAUCUUCGCUGAAAAUUAAUGGCAAACUUUCGUACCCUUUAGUUAAGGUUUGCAUAUUAUUUUUAUUAUGAUCAACCAUAUUGCAAAAUAAGAGAGCAGAUGAGAGAGAUUCCUCGGAUUUUAGAAGCAAAGACAGCAAAGCCAGUGGGCUCGGCGGAGUGUGCGGAGUUAAAAUCAAAGAACUUGAAAAUUACGAAUUGUACUCUCAUCUGUUUUGUGCAACUAUAGCCGGACUCUCGAAUCUGGUCACAGAACUGAUGAUAAUUGAUUUGAGCGCAAACAAGUCUUCCGUCACCCAAAAACAACACAGUGAAUUCGACUUUCAGCCUUGGUGCCGUUUCAGAUCGGAGUCAGGCCGCAGCAGGCAGGAUCCUGUGGUGGCAAAAUGGACGAAGAAAUGGAAAUUAACAACAAUGAUCUGAAUAACAACACAGACUUCGAAGAAGAGGCCCAGUCAGCAGAUCACUUGGCUGACAUGGCUGAAAUGAACGCACACGACAUAAUGAAAAACACCCAGCAAACAUUGCUACGAGAUGCUGGUAUAGUCCGCGAACGCAUCGGCUACAAGGUGUCAGUUGAGGAAGUUUACCAUCACCUGGAAGUCGUCAUGGAUCACGAAAACCGAGUUGAGCUCGUGGUGGAAGACUUGCUGGAACGCAUCAACAACGGCGAAUUUGCAAGUGGUGUUGCUGAACCAAUUGUGGAACAAGAGGUGGCACAGACGGUUCUGGACAGUGAAAAUUCUGUGGAGCCAAAUGAAUCCCUCGCCUACGUCGAUGACGAUGAUAGUGACGAUGAUGAUGAGGACUUGCGACGGAGAAUUAGUAAAAGGAAAAUAGAUAUCUUGACAGAGGUUGAAGAUGCGGAAGUGAUCCUUGAUGAGCAGAUCGAGCAAAUCAAUGAAGGGCAGGUGGAAGAGCAGGCCAACAUCGAGCCUGUCAUGACACGAGAUUUGGAAACCUUGGCGAGCUUGUUUCCAAACCGCAGUGUUGCUGAAAUGAGGGCAAUGUACCUCUCUCUGUACCAAUUUGAGAAGGAAAACACUGUCCACAUGCUUGCUCAGCAACUGUAUGAUUCGCAAGAUGUUGAAAAACCAGCCAAGCGGCUUCGUUUGGACGAACAUUCACAGAACAAGCCAGGACCAAGUGGGCAUCGAGUUGUGGACAAAGAACUCUUAAAUUAUGUUUGCAAUGUGCUGGGUGGAAGGUCAAGAGUAGAGCUGGAGCAGAAAUGCCGAGAAUUGAAUUGGAACCAAGACCUCAUUAGUGCCUUUGUGGAGUCUGAAUUGUUGAACAGAGAGGAAAAUUCUGAGAGCAACCGUAAAGUAGAAGCUGCUGUUCCUAGCACAAGUAAUAACACUCCAAAUUCGCCACAGCCUGGCCCAAGCACUGAGCAUGAUGAACCUGAAGUUGACGAGGAAGAUGACAAUGAUGAUAUUACUGAUAAAAUGUCUCAGCUGAUAGGCAUGUUCCCUGAUGCUGACCCUGAGUUUCUGAGACACCAAGUUCUCUCAACACUUGGCAAACCAGAUGAGUACACCAUGUUCAUCCACAACGCUUUGGAAAAGAAUGAUCUACCUACUCGCAAGGCUUACGAGGAGCGAAAGAAAAAGGAGGAUGAUUUUAAGAGAUACACUGGCCGGAUGACAGUUCAGGAAUUUCUCAAGAUCUUUCCAAAUCCGAAACAACACUUUGAGUCCAACCAGGAACAUCAGAAAGACAAGACUUACAUGGAUCUCGCAUUGAGCUUUUUGCUUGACAGAUUCCCUAGAACGAGCUAUAGACUGAUUAAAGUUACUCUGAGUGGUUCUCGCAACAUGACUGAAGCUUGUAAUGCCUUGGAGACAAAGCCUGUGCAAAAGACCAAACGUCGAAGCUCAUAUCUUCAAGCCCCAACUGAGAUCAAGCAUCUGUAUUUCCUUCAAGAGGCUACUUACCUCAACAAGAAAAAGGAGAUUGAGCUAUUCAUCAAAUCACAAGAGGAAGCAAGGAAAAACAAAAUUGAAGAAGCUAAACAAAAGAAAGAACUACUUGAAUGUCCUGUUUGCUGUGAAGAUGAGUGCCUCUUCGAGGACAUGACCUCAUGUGCUGAUGGUCACCUGUUCUGCAAAAACUGUGUUAAGCAGUAUGCUGAAACCAGCAUUGGAGACAACAAGACCAAAUUUCCCUGCUUGGACAGUAACUGCAGCAGUGAAUUCCCACUUGUGAUUCUGAAGUCAGUGCUUGAUGCCAAAGCUUUUGCCUGCUUGGCUAGGAGAAUGCAGACAGAGGAGAUCAGACAGGCCAACAUUCAGGAUCUUGAGACUUGUCCAUUCUGUGAAUUUAGCUACAUUCCUGACGAAAACAACGCACUCUUUGAGUGCCAGUCUGAAAGUUGCAAGAAGGUCUCUUGCCGGAAAUGCAAGGAGGAAAAUCAUUUACCUCUUCGAUGUGAAGAGGUCGAGAAAGAUUCUGAGACGCAAGCUCGCAGAAAAAUUGAAGAAGCCAUGAGUGAAGCUUUGCUCAGAGAGUGUUACAAAUGCAAAAGCAAAUUUUACAAAUCAGAUGGCUGCAACAAGAUGAGAUGCAACUGCGGCGCCUUGAUGUGCUACAUCUGCCGCCAGCCUAUCAAGGACUACAACCACUUUCAAAAUGUGCCUGGUCAAGCAGCCAAUGCCCAGUCUGACAAAUGCCCCUUAUACUCCAACAAUGAUGAUCUUCAUGUCCGUCAAAUCAUUGAAGUUGGUGAACAAGCCAAGAAAGCAGCUGAGGCCAGUGGCGUCACCUUGAAGCACGACCCAACCAAGGUCAAACCUGAGGCUACUGGUGGUGGCGCCAGAGCCCAUCCUGGAGAAUUCUUUGGCUUAAUGCAGGGUAUAAUGCUUCAUAAUCAUCCGUUCUUUCAAAACAAUCGCGGCGACGGCGCGCAACCAGAAGCAAUGGUCAUGCGCCGCCUUGAAGACUUGGUGUUACAGCUGGACCUUCCUGCUGUGAGAAACGCAGACAACAACCAGCCGGUGCGUGGCCCAAACGUUCCCCCAAUCAACGCUGACGCAAACAACGCACCAGCCAUCCAAGUACCACCAAAAGGACAUGUUACGCCACCGGACCAGAUAGUAGGGGAGAAUGGCGACGCCAACCACCCGCUGACGCGCAGGCCAUUUAUGUUGAAUCCGGCCAACCCCUACCGCAUGCUGCGCCAAGGUCAAAACCAGGCUGACCGACUGAGGCGAAAGCUUCGUCUUGUUAGAGCAGCGGCUGAGUAUUUGGGCAGGAAUGCGACUCCAAGGGGACAACAGGCUCACGCACGGGCCUUGGACUGCGUCCAAGUUCUGGAGCGCCAGCUACGCAACAUCCAAGCCUUUCCACUGCCAGAGCCUCUUCCUGCGGCGAAUCAGAAUCUCAGGUUGCGCGACGUUUAUAUGGGCCUACUUCACGAGCAGUUUGUUGACGGACGAGGAGCUGGUUUCAGGAGGGUCGUUGUACGGGAUCAGAUUGGCGACGCCGUUCUAGAUAACGUUGACAGGGCUGAAUGGAAUCCGGUGGUGUUGAACAGACCACCCAGACGCAUGUGUUUCUUCCUUCCCGAGGGUGCUCACGUACAGCCGGCGCUAAACCCGUUGCCGUUCCGUCGGCCCGAUGAUUUGCCAAAUCCAGCCGGAAUGAUGGAAUUAAAUAUGUACCCACAACCACCGUGGGAACAGCAUCCUAUGUAUUUCCACGAGCCACGGCCCGCUGCGGCUGCCCCUCCAAAUCGCGAACUAAACCAGUUCCAACAAAUUGCCGACAAGCAGAGAGAGUAUGACUUGCGGCGCAGACUCAGAGAAGCGCGGUUCCAAAUGCAGCGGCUUGUUAACAACCCGAGAAUCCAGACCCCGAUUCCUGCGCAGCGGUACCAGACAAAUCGGAAUAUAAUAGAUGCCAUGCAGCAAACCGUGGCUCGCGCAGUGGAAAGAGAAAGAGCAGAAGCUAACUCUACGCAGUUGAGCAGGGAGUUGAUCAACUCUUGCAACCAGAUGUUGGACUACUUCGAUGAGGUGCAGUAUGAUCCGAAAAACGAGCUGCCAAGAUUCAAAGUCCUUUACAACAACUACCAGAGGCUGAAGGAUAGCCUCAAGAACAAUCCGGGAAUUUUUGAUAUCGUUCUCUUUAUCCGGAACAGAUUCUGUGAUCUAGCACAGAAACACAGAAACUUUCAGGCGUGGCAUGAAGAAGUUAAGAAGGAGAGGAAGCAGACUGAAAGGGGAGGCUCCCGCACCGCGACUGCCGCUUCUGGCUCCGCUUCAACUUCCAACGCUGCUGCUACACCUUCCACGUCCGCCGGCCCUUCAACUGCUGGCCCAUCCACCAGACCUGAAGGGGCUCAGGACAACGAAGGGGAUACGUCCCCUGAGAGUGAUGACUAUGUCAACAAUUUCGAGUUUGAAGAUUGAAUUGCAAUCAUUACUUUGCCACCACCAUUCCCUUUUUAUAAUAAUGAGAUAUAUUAGUCAUGUCAGAUUCAAUGAUUUUUUAUGGAAUUUACCACUAAAACUUUCAGCUCUACUUGUAAAAUCUUGAUGUUAGCUAUCAUCGCCUGCUGUUCCUUGAUAUAUAUGUGUUAAUGUGGGGGGAUCCUAAAAAUUUCCUUGUGCAGGACUAUUCCAUAAAAAAAUUGAUGAAUAUGUAGCGCAUUUGUAUUUUACUAAUAAAGAAAAAAAUCACAUGACGAA